AUGUCGAUGUUUAAAGGAAUGCUCAUCAGGUCCGCUGAAAAAAAGGGGCCUGAUAUUAACUCAAGUAAUAGUAAAGAAAAUAUUUCCAACACCUCAAAAAUCAAAAGGAAAGAAAGUUAUACAGAUAAAAAUCUUACAAAUUUAGAAAAGAAAAACACAAAUAAUUAUAAAAAAGAAAUAUAUGGUGAUUUAAACGAUUUAUCACUAAACUAUUCUACCGAUACGAAAAAUGAAAAUAACAAUGUAAUAAACUUAAUUAACCGUAGUAAUAACAAUGAUAAUAAUCAAAAACAAAUAAUAAAUGACAAUCCUUAUACUUACGAUAAAAGCUUAAUCACAUUAAAUGAAGAUAUCUAUGAUGAAUUAAAUAAAAUAGACGGCUUUAUUACCACAUGUAAUUUGAAAAAUGAUGAUGCCGGAAAUUUAUAUGAAGGUAUCACAGAUUUACAUAAGAUUAAGCACAAUGGAAAAGUUAGUAACAAAAUUGAGAACAUAGAAAACGAAUUAUACUCUGCAUACUAUUCACCAAAUGGAAAUAAUGUGGAAAAAGAAAAAAAAAGAGAGUUUUCUGAAAAUAUAAACAAUGAAAUAUAUUUACACGAAUUAAAUAAUAGUUAUCCUAGUGACUAUACUAUUAAUAUUGAAAAUAAAAAAAAGAACAUAAGCUUAAUUUUAGAUUGUGUUCAAAAUAUAUUUAAAAGUACCAACCAUUGGGAUGCUAAUAAUUUAAAGCGGUUAUUAGAUUUUUUAGGAAUGUUUAAUAAUAAGAAUGAAAAUAUGUUGAUUGUUGCAUAUUAUUUUACUUAUCAUUCUUAUAUUAACAGAAAGUUUUUGGACUUCAAACGUGUGUAUAAUUAUGACUUACUUAUUUAUAAAUUAUUACUAAAUAUUAAUAAAAUAAAAAAAAAGCGAAAAAAAUGUAAAGAAAAAGAAAGGAUACUUAUUAUAAAUGAAAAAUUAGACACUGCACAUGUUAUGCAAAAAAAAAUAACUAAUUAUAAUUUGAUUAUUGCUAAAAUCGAAAAUAAAAUUAUAGAAUUAUUUGAAAUAAAAAAAAAUAUAUAUAAUAAUAGCUAUCUGUUGAAAUACUAUGUUCAUAAUUUGUUUAAAAUUAUUGUUCGUAAUAUAUACAUAAAUAAAAAAGAAGAAAAAAAAAAACGGAAAAAAAUACUUCAAGAAAAAAAAAGUGAAAUUCAAAAUCAAGAAUCUAAGCUUAUAGAAAAAGAAAACGAAAUAAAAAAAGAAGAACAAAAUAUACAUGAACACAAUGAACAAAUAGAAAAAGACCAAAUCGCUAUAAAUGAAGAUGCUAAACAAAUAUCUGAAAAAUACGAUAAACAAUUAAACACCAUAGAUGACCAAAUAAAUGAUAUUAAUAUUGAUAUUAAAGAAUUAGAAAAACAAAUUGAAUUAAAAAAAAAGGAAAAGGAAAAGGUUAUGCAAAUUAAAGCACAAAUCGAAAAAGAAAAAGACGAAGAACUAAAAAAUAUAUCAAAAAAACAAUCAGAAAUAAAUACUUCAAUAAAUUUUAUUAAAAAUACACAAGACCUUUUAAAUGAAAAAAAAAGUAAUAUUAUAAAUGAAAAAAAUCAAAUACAAAUAAAUUCUCAAAAUUUAUUAGCUCAAUAUCAAUCAUGUUAUCAAAAAGGGCAUUCUACUAAUUCAUUAAUUUCAAGCAUCAAUAAAAUAAUUCAAAUACUUGAUGAAGACAAAAUCGAUUUGUUUUUUACUCAAUCUAAUUGUGAACAAGAGGAAAAAGAAUUCUCUAGUAAUAUGUCUGAGUCUGAUGACCAAAAAAUAUCAUGUGACAAUACCGUCUUAGAAAACAAUGAUAAUACAAACACAAAUAAGAACGAAAUAUGUAGAGAUAGCCACACAAAUGACGAAGUAAAAACGAAUGAAAAAGAUGGAGAAUUGAAAAAAGAAAAUGUAAAAUCAAACCUUCUAUAUAUAUUAAAAAAUAUAUAUGUAUUAAAAAAAAAUAUAUUUGAAUUAGAAAAAAAUAGUAAAAAUAUUAAUGAGCAAAAAAAAAAACUUAUGAUUGAUAUUAGUCAAUAUAAAUGUGAUAUAGAAAAUAUAAAUAUUAAAAAGGAAAAUUUUAAAAAUAAAAAAAAAAUAUUACUUAAAAACAAAAUGCUUAAUGAGAUUAAAAAUAUUAUAAAAGACUAUGAUGAAUUAUUACAAACAGAAGAAAUAAUUUUAAAACAGGUAGAAAAUUCAAAAAAUGAGUUGGCUGUUUUAAAAAAAGAUCAUCUUUUAAGUAAUGAGGAAAAAGAAAAAUUGAAAAAAAAAUUAUUUAUGUUAGAAAAAAAAUUAAUAAAAUUAGAAACAUUAUACUUCAAACAUAUAUUAAGUAAUAAAGUUUUUCAAAAAACAAAUCCAGAGAUAGUUUCAAAUGAAGGGGUAGUAGAUGAAACUGAAAAAACCUCACAAAGCGAAAUACACCAAACAGUAGAAGAGACAAAAAUCAAAACAGACGAUGUUGCUUUUAUAUUUUCCGACGAUUCAGAAACCGAAGAGGAAGAUUUUGAGGCCAAAAAUGCACUCAUGCAAAUUGUGCGUCAAAUGGAGGAGGCAUAUAUGGGAACCACAGUAAACGAGUUGAAUAACAUUAGUCUGGCAAAUGACGACUUGGAAAAUGACGACCUGGAAAAUGAAGACCUAACAAAUGAUGACCUGACAAGUGAUGGCCUAGAAAAUAAUGAAGAAGUAAGCAAUGGCAAAGACGAUGAAUUGAAGGACCACGAAUUAAUUGAUGAAACAACCGAUGUGCUAUUAAAAGAAAUGGAUAUUAAUUUAUUGGAAAAAAAUUAUGAUAACAUUCCAAAAGAUAACAAUCCUCACAUAAAUCGUGAUGAUAGCAAAAUGACAAAUGUAAUAAAAAAUGUUAAUACUGAAGAAAAAACAAGUUUUCAAGAAAUAUUUAAAAAAUAUACAAAUAUUUAUUGUGUUAAUGAAAACAUAGAUUAUAGUUUAUUAGAAAAUGAAAUAGAUAAUUUUGAGAAUUCCAUAAUAAAAGAAGAAAAUAAUUUAAAAAGAAAAAAAUUAGUCAUUUUAAGCAAAAAAAAAAAUGUAUUAAAAAAAUAUUAUGAAUAUAAUUCGGAUAAUAGCGAAGAUGAAAUAAAUAUUUAA